AAAAAAGAUUGGGAAAUAUAGUGCUGGCCUCUUCUGUCGCGGCGGCCGCCGCCCGCUGGCGAUAGAGCCGCCGCCCCGCUUCAGGCAUCUCCUCCCGGCCCCUCCGUCGCCUCGCCGAUGGCGGCAUGGUCGUCGUCGGCUUCGCGGGCGGCGCGGGGAGUCCCCGGCGUGUUCUCCCCGGGCGGCUCGGCCAGGACCCUCAGGUACCACCGCGACGGGGUCAAGAGGAUGGUGUAACCGCACCUCGAGUCGCCGCUGCCCCUACCGGUACCAGCGGCGGCGACCCCCGAGAGCUGCUAUUCAUGUUCUCGAUGAGCUAGCGUUGGCCUACUGCCAUCAACACUCUGUGAUGAAAUAUUCCCGUUUUCAUGUGUAAGUAAGCCUCUGUUGCUGUAAUUUCUCAUGGUUGCUUGCUGGCUUAAGAAUGCGUGGGAAUAAUUAAGCACUAUAUUUCUCUUGGGUGCUUUCACAUCUGCCAUUGUGGGUAGUCAUCAUGGAGACAAAAGGAGAUAGUAUGCUAAUCCAUUUCUUUAUUUACAUAGCAAAGUAAACGUACCCAGCUGACAUGCUAUAUCUUUAGUUCAUUGCCCUUUGCUCUUGCUGCAAGAAACCUCUACUCCAGGUCCAAAGCUUCUUUACUCCUCUGCUCCUUUGGUAUUAUACAAGAAAGGGGUAGAGCCAGAGAGCUGGAUGGGCUAGCUAGCUCUAUAUAUCAAAGCUUAAGGUACGCCACACGCCCACGCCACAAUAAGGUCGAGAAAUCUUGCGGCAUAUAGGCGUCUCAAAGAGUCCAUCUAUUCUAAGGGCCGUAGUGUGCGCAGUCCUCUCAACAUAUAGUCAAGUGGAAGGUUGCAGCUGAUGGGAAUCAAUUGACACUGGAAAGCCACUUGGCAAUGAAAAGCUUGGUACAACUGUUCAACGACCGGGAAAUCCAGCUAUUUGUGCUUCUUAGCUUCACAAUACAGCUUUAUCUUUUCUUUGUUGGUGGCCUCCGGCGAAGUAUAACCAACGGCGCCCUCAGGUUUUCAAUCUGGGUAACUUAUUUGGGAGCAGAUGCGGUAGCUGUUUAUGUCCUGGGCCUCAUCUCUCGACUAAACUUGGAUGCCAACGCGGAAAAUCGUCAUCACCUGGCUUUACUUUGGGCACCCUUCCUCCUCAUACAUCUCGGUGGACAAGAUACCAUCACUGCUUUCGCCAUUGAGGACAACAGCCUUUGGCUGAGGCACUUGUUGAACCUUAUUGUCCAACUCUCCCUCACCCUGUAUGUCUUUUGGAAAUCAACCAAUGGCCCGAAUAUACAGCUUCUUCUUCCGAGUAUCAUUUUGUUUGUUUCGGGAACAAUCAAGUAUGGAGAGAGAACAUGGGCUCUGUGGUGUGGCAGCCUGAUAAACGUCGCAGGCUCCUUUAUCCCACAGUAUCUGUUUCAGGGAGCAGAGCCGAUCCAUGCCGGUUCUUCCUAUGCUGACCUUGUUUCCACUGCUUUUGUUUCCAUGGAAGAAGUCCGUCGGAUUUUUGCUGGUUCUAAUUUUAUUCUUAUACGUCGUCUGAUGCAUAAUCUAGACCUUUCAGUCAAGUUCUUCAAGAUCAUGGAGAUUGAACUCGGCCUGAUGUUCGAUGACAUCUAUACUAAGGCCCAGGUGCUUCGAACACGGGGUGGCAUCAUACUUCGAUGCCUCUCAGUUAUUUCCUUCCUAUCCGCUUUUGUGCUUUUCUCUGUAAGAAACAAAGAGCAAUACAGUACCGUUGACACUGCAAUCACGUAUGUACUGUUUAUCGGCGGUUUCUCUUUGGAAGUUUCUUCAGCAUUUAUCACCCUCAUGUCACCAUGGACUUGGGCAUGGCUAAAGAUGCGACAGUGCAGCUUCCUUGCCUCCAUCAGUAUUAGGUGGCAGAGUAAAAGGGUGUUGUGGUCAAACUCCAUGGGUCAGUACAGCAUGUUGAAUUACUUGGGACAAUUCGACCAGCAAUCAAGUAAAGCAAUGGCAGUGGUCAGAAAAUUGGUGAAUGUUGUUUGCGGGCCACAGCAGAAGCUCUGGAUCAGUAAGCUGUUGGACACAAAGUUCGUGGAGGUCGAUGAGAAGGUCGUGAGAUGCAUUGUGCAGAGGAUUAAACAGUAUCAAUCUGCAGACGAAUCAAGUAUGCUCCAGCAAUGGCCAAAUCUUGGUCCGCUGCUUAAAAAGUUAUUGUUGCCUCCUUAUGGAGUUUAUGGCUCGGAUUUUUAUGGCCCUGUUAUCUUCCUCCACAUAUACACAGGGGUACAGUUGAGCAGGUAUGCUCCCACUACUAUAGACAGUGAGUCUGGGGAUGCUUUGGUCCGUGUCUGCCGGAUGAUGUCCAACUACAUGGUUUACCUUCUGGCCACACACCAUGAAAUGCUGCCGAUACAGACCAGUUAUAGCCAACGAGACCUAGCAGGCAUCCUUGACGAAUCGGCGAGUGUGGAGAACAACAACAUCAUGCAUAAGGCAGUUGAGGUCUUGACUAGUAACCAAUUUCCAGAGCCCCCAGAGGAGUGUACAGAAGCACAGCUGUUGGAAAUCCAAGAGGCAUGGGUAGGGCUCCUACUCCAUGCCGCCAGCAAGUCACGUCCGGAGGUGCGUGCGGCGCAGCUGGCCAGAGGAGGGGAGCUCCUCACCUUUGCCUGGCUGCUCAUGGCCCACUGCGGACUCGGGGAUUCUUGGGGCUGCCCGAUCGAGAUGCUACCAAUUCCUGGCCAUGUUCAACAGCGGUACUAUGCCUUCCGUCUUGAUUCUCCACCAGGAUCCUCAUAGGUGCUGCACAAAGCCUUUAUGCGAAUUUCAGCCACAAUACGCCUUGCAUUCUCAGGGCUCCUCGGAAUUUUUCUCAGUAUGUUCAAAUAAUGUGCUUCCAUCAUCUAUAUACUCCCUUCCUCCGUCCCAACCUAGAUAUAUACUCUCUCCGUCCCAAAUUAAGUGUUUUAAUUUUGUACUAGCUUUAACACAAAGCUCUAUUAAUCUUGAGACACUUAUUUUGACGCAGAGGGAGUACUUGACUUUUCCUCUUUUAGUUGGCGAUGUAAUUCAGCAUAUCGUUGUUUGUUCUAUAUUCAAUGUAAUCUAUGCAGACAACUAUCGUUAUCUUUUGUAACCGAUUA